ACAAGGGUCCCAUUUUGAUUUUUGUUUACUCGAUUAUGUUUCAUCAUAAUAAUUUUUUUUCAAAUAAAAUAAACGCGAAGUGAACUUAUUAUGUUUUUUUCGGGAACUAAGCUAGCCCAAAAGAACUAAACGUUUCAGCGUUACGCAUUAAUAUCAAACAAUGCAUAUCAAACAGGUUAUAAUACAUGGUUUUAAAAGCUACAGAGAGCAAACUGUAGUUGAACCAUUUGACAAGAGACAUAAUGUCGUUGUUGGCCGUAAUGGAUCUGGAAAAAGCAAUUUCUUUUAUGCUAUACAAUUCGUACUUAGUGAUGAGUUUUCACAUCUUCGUCCUGAGCAAAGACAGGCAUUACUUCAUGAAGGCACCGGUCCAAGAGUUGUUACAGCUUAUGUAGAAAUUAUCUUUGAUAAUACAGAUAAUCGCUUACCAAUUGAAAAAGAAGAAGUUAUUUUAAGAAGAGUAAUUGGUGCCAAAAAAGACCAGUACUUUCUAAAUAAAAAAAUGGUGCCUAGGUCAGACGUUACUAAUUUAUUAGAAUCUGCUGGAUUUUCUCACUCAAAUCCAUAUUAUAUUGUCAAACAAGGAAAGAUUAACCAAAUGGCUACAGCGCCAGAUUCUCAUAGAUUAAAACUUUUGAGAGAAGUUGCUGGUACCAGAGUUUAUGAUGAACGAAAAGAAGAAUCAAUUGAUAUACUAAAAGAUACUCAAACUAAACUGGAAAAAAUUGUUGAGUUUAUUAAAACAAUUGAAGAGCGAUUACAAACUCUCGAAGAAGAAAAAGAAGAACUAAAAGAAUAUCAAGUUUGGGAUAAAAAAAGAAGGACAUUAGAAUUUUGUAUUCAUGAUCGUGAAUUAAAAGACACUAAACGAAAAUUGGAAGAAUUGGAUGGAAAAAUCAAUAAUUUUGAUGAAGAACAAAAACGACUUGCAUCUAAAGUUAAAGAUGCUACUGAUCAAGCAAAGAAAGCAGCCAAACAGUUACGUGAUGCUAAACGAGAAGUACAUGCAGCUAAAGAAGAAAAAGAAACUUUAAGCUUGGAACAACAAGAGUUAAUUAAACAAAAAACAAAAUUAGAUUUUACUAUAAAAGAUUUAACGGAUGAAGUAGAUGGAGAUAAUAAUUCUAAAGAAAGAGCAGAAAAAGAAUUGAAAAAACUUCAAGAUACCAUUAAAGCCAAAGAAUCAGAACUUCAAGAGUUAAAACCAAAAUAUGAAGCUCAAAAAAAAAAGGAAGAAGAUUGUACUCGGGAGCUUGCUUUAAAAGAACAAAAACGAAAAGAACUGUAUGCUAAACAAGGAAGAGGAAGUCAAUUCACAUCUAAAGAAGAUCGUGAUAAAUGGAUUCAAAAAGAACUUAAAUCUUUAAAUAAACAAAUAAAAGAUAAAAAUGAACACAAAGAUAAAUUAACUGAUGAUUUAAAACGAGAUGGAGAACGACAGCGUGAAUUAGAACAUCAAAUUCAGAUGAAUUCUAUUGAAUUAGAAAAACAAAGAGUUGCAAUUGAUGAGUACAAUAAAAAAUAUUAUGAAUUGAAAAAAGCAAAAGAUCAACAUCAAAGUCAGAGAAAUGAGCUGUGGCGUAAAGAAAAUACUAUACAGCAUAGUUUGUCAUCACUUAAAGAAGAGUUGGCAAAGUCUGAUCAAGCCCUCCGCAGUAUGGCUGGAAAAGCAAUUUUAAACGGAAGAGAUAGUGUUCGUAAAGUAUUAGAUGUAUUUAAAGAAAAAGGUGGAGCUCAUCUUGAUCUUGCUUCUCAAUACUAUGGACAAGUUAUUGAAAAUUUUGGAUGCGACCAGAGUAUUCAAACAGCAGUAGAAGUUACUGCAGGUGGAAGAAUGUUCUUCCAUAUUGUGGAAUCUGAUAAAAUUGGUACACAAAUCUUGAAAGAAAUAAAUAAUCAAAAUUUACCUGGUGAAGUUACAUUCAUGCCUUUAAAUAGAUUGACUGUAAGAGAUAUAAGAUAUCCACAAUCCAAGGAUGCACUUCCAAUGGUCAGUAAGCUAAAAUAUGAACCUCACUUAGAUAAAGCAAUGCGCUUUAUAUUUGGCAAAACAUUAAUUUGUCGAAAUCUAGAAAUUGCUACUACAAUAUCUAAACAGAGUAUGCUUGAUUGUAUUACAAUUGAUGGCGAUCAGGUUUCUUCAAGUGGAACAUUAACAGGAGGGUAUUUUAAAAAUAUGCGUUCUAAGUUGGAAAUUCAAAAACAACGUAAUGAUUCAAUGAGCCAAAUAAAAGAAGCCGAAGAAGUACUUGCUGUGUUAAAAACACAAUUAAAUGAAGUUGAGGUCAAUGUGAAUGUAGUAAUGUCUGACAUGCAAAAGACUGAAACAAAAAAUAGUAAAUCUAAAGGUAAUUUUGACAAAUUAAAAGGAGACAUAAGACUAAUGAAAGAAGAACUUGUUGGAAUUGAGAGAUAUCGAGCUACUAAAGAAAGGUUGUUAAUACAAGCUGCAUCAAAUUUAGAAGCCAUGCAAACUACACGCAGUGGAUUAGAAUCAGAACUUCAUCAGGAACUCAUGGCUCAACUUUCUGUUACUGAUCAAAGAGAAAUGGAUAAAUUAAAUGAUGAUAUUCGUUCAUUAACUAUGGAAAAUAAAACUGCCUUUUCUACUCGUAUGAAAUUAGAAGCUGAUAAAAACAAACUUGAAAAUUUGUUAACAAACAAUUUGAUUCGUCGUAGAGAUGAGCUUAUGCAGGCAUUACAAGAAAUAUCUGUUGAAGAACGUAAACGGACAUUAGAAAAUAAUAAAAUGGAAGUACAGACAGUUAAAAAAAAAUUAGAGGCGUUGAAUGCUGAUAUUAAAAUUGAUGAUAAAAGAGUACAAGAAGCCGUAAAAAAGCAAAAACUUUGUCAAGAAGAAUUGGAAAAGUGGAAAGCAUUAGAAAAAGAAGCUCAGGAAAAAUUAGAUAAUGAGUCCAAAGAUCUUACUAAAGUAUCAACCAAGCAAAAUAUGUUAAGGCAAAAAUUGGAUGAAUGUCAAGCCAAAAUUAGUGAUCUAGGUGCACUUCCUAAUACUGAACUCAUUACAAAAUAUAUGUCUUAUUCAUCUAAAAACUUGUUUAAAGAACUUGAAAAAGCUAACAGUAAUAUUAAGCGUUAUGGUCAUGUUAACAAGAAAGCUUUAGACCAAUUUAUUAGUUUUUCAGAACAAAAAGAAAAAUUGGUAUCCAGAAAACAAGAAUUAGAUCGAGGACAUCAAAAAAUUGAAGAAUUAAUGAAUGUUUUGGAACAAAGAAAAUGUGAUGCUAUUCUUUUUACAUUUAAACAAGUAUCAAUGUAUUUUACCCAAGUAUUUAGCAAACUUGUACCAGGUGGAUUUGCUCAAUUAGUAAUGAAAUCAGCUGGUGGUGAAGAGUCUGCUACACCUAAUGUUGGCGAUGAAGAUAAUAUAGAUAACUAUUCCGGAGUAAUGAUUAAAGUGUCGUUUGCUGGCCAAGGAAGUGAAAUGCGUGAAAUGAAUCAAUUAUCUGGUGGUCAAAAAUCAUUAGUCGCACUUGGACUUAUAUUUGCUAUUCAAAAAUGUGAUCCAGCUCCAUUUUAUCUUUUUGAUGAAAUUGAUCAGGCACUAGAUCCUCAACAUAGAAAAGCCGUUGCAGAUAUGAUACAUGAAAUGUCUGAUCAUGCCCAAUUCAUUACAACCACAUUCAGACCUGAAUUAUUAUUCAAUGCUCAUAAGUUCUAUGGAGUUAAAUUUCGUAAUAAGGUGAGUCAUGUGGAAUGCGUUACAAGAGAUGUUGCAUAUGAUUUUGUUGAAGAUGAUACAACUCAUGGAUAAUCAUUUUGGUUAUGAUUGUUUAAAUAUUGAACGUCAGACUGUAAAUAGCUAUUAAGUUUACAUAUUCAAUAAGUUAGCAGAAUUAUGUUUGGCUUUAUGUUUAAUCACUAUUUUCCUAUCAAUGAGAUCACAAAUAAGAUAUCUAUUCUGUAAAACCUUUUUUUCUUCAAUAGCUUAAUCAACUAAUAUUUAUAUAUGUUUAUAUAUAUAUACAUAUAUAUAUCUACUAUAUAUGAUAUGAAAUAUGAUAUUUAUUUAUAUAUUUACAUUUAUUUAAGAUAUCAUAAGUUAUUUUUUAAAAAUAACAAUAAAUUAUUAAGUGUAUACUUAAAAAAUAGAGAUAAGUUUAUUUAGUAUUUUUAAGUAUGAAUAUUUACAUUCCAAAAUACUCAUUUAUUUCAUCUCUCAACGUGAAUUAUAUUUAAAUAUCUGUUUUUGUAUAUUGUAAAAGAUGUCUUUUCACCAAAAAUUAGUUUAUAAAUAUGUUUAAUUAACACUUAUAUUUUAUAAUACUUUAAAAAAAAAAAUAACGAGUAUAAUGUAUUAUUUUAAACAUUUUUGAUUUAUUUGAUUAUACUUAAUCACCAUGUAUAAAAUUUAAAUGUAUAUUUGAGGAAAGGUCGAUAUCAUACACUUUAUAUAACUAUUCAACAAUGUAUUAAUUUGUAUUUUGAACAUAAUAUUGCAAAAUAUUUAACUAAAUUGAGGAAACAACUGGAAAGAAAAUUAUUUAGGUCUUCUAACAUUUAUUAAAAAUAGAUAUCUCUACAUUCUACUAUGGUAGAAUAUUUAGUUACAGUUAAUUAAUUAUUUUGUUGUAGCUUUAAAAUAACAAAUGAUGGUACUUUGACAAUGCACAUUAUGAUUAACAAAGAAAAUAAUGACUAUAAUUUUUUUUAUUUUGACAAAAUAUAUUAAAUAUCGGCUGAGCACUAUUUAUACAACUAUUUUAUAUUUAUAUGUAUAAUUAUGUUUUUUUUUAUAUCAAUAAUAAGCAUUAUUCAAAUGUGUUUAAUAUUUAAUUUGUUCAUUUUGAUUUUUUGUCUGUGUUAAAUAAUGAAGUAAAAAAAUUCAAAAUUUGUUUUUAUUACAAUGUUAUAAUAGAUUCUUGUUAAUAGAAUUCACCUCUAACUAAUUUAUACAACUGUCAUAAUAUGUCUUAUAUUUUAUUUAUUAUCUAGCCAAUAUAUAUAAGUUGGUGUAUUAUAUUUAAUUAAGAUUAUUAGACCCUGUUUAAAAACAUAAAAAUUAUAACAUUUGGUUUAAUUGUUAGAUUAGGUUAAUAGUUAUGUUUUUUAAAAUAUUUAAAAAAUUUGUAAUCGCAUAGUUAAACAAUUUUUUAAAUCAGCUAUUUUUGUUUCUAUAAUAUGAAACCAUAUACUUUAUUUUUACUUUACAAAAUUGUUUUAAAAUUUUUAACUAUUUUGUUUUGUUAUGUAUGCACAUUUACAUAAUUUAUAAACUGGACUUAAAUUGAUAAACUA